UUUUGGUACUCGCCUCACUCUUCUCUUGUACCAAACUUUUAAGGCGUCAAAGUAUAACUCUCUCUCCUUUUCUUCUUGUCCUUCACCAAUCCUGAAAAUUUACAUGUUUCAGAACGUAUGCUGUUUAUAUCCAUUCUAGUUUGAUUAGUUCAAGAUUUGAAUUCAUUUGAGCCUUCAACUUUUGUUGAUCGUGAAGAAAUAUAUGCUCACAAGCUGAUCGAUGAAAUGCCGCACUGGACUGAGUAUCUUGAAUUUUCGAUGCAGGUUCGGUGGUUAGGCGUCCCAUUUUUCAGUGAAAGAAAACAAAGCAGUUGCUGGUUGUUUCAAUUGCAUCUUUUGUGGUAAAUUUAAGUUGGCCGUACAAUGGGAGUGCGUAGCGUGAGGAGGAACCUUAUACCUCGAGCUAAGAUGUUUACAGCCAAGACAAGUGGGCUGAUGCGGUUUUAUCACUGCUCAGAGAAAGUCCAGGACGAAUCUUUGCCUUCCGAAUGGUACGAGAAAGCUUUCUCAAAAUUAACAAAAUUGAACCACUUGCUGAAGAAUGUGGACUUAGUUGAUGGGAAGCUAGUAAAUGUUAAUGAUCACUCGAAAGUUUAUGAUGAGGUCUUGGAACAAAAGUUGUCUUCUUUUAAAUCACUGGCGAGGACCUUUAUUGGGUGUCCAUCAAUGCAAGAAAUGAUGAAAAAUAAUGUGGUUCAAGCAUUAGCUGAUGUGCAAUGUGACCAUCCUGUCUGUUUCAGUAAAGCUAGCGAGAGGGAAUCAAUUACAGUUGAUUCGCUCAGAAAAAUAUCAAACUUCCUGAAUAUUUCUGCACAACAAAGGAAGCUUGUCAGGCAAUCAAUAUGUGCACAGGUCACAAAGUACCCCAUAUGGACAGGGACAGUCGAGGAGAUAUUGUAUGGACUGAAAUCUAAUAUCGAUUUUCUAAAUUGUAGAUGUCCGAGUAAAGAAAUUAGAAUGGCUCAACAAAUAGUUACAACUUGUCAAAAGUUUUUAGAAAAUGCAACUUCCUAUGACCCUGAAUCCACUUCAUGGAUGCGCCUCGCACCUGCAAAAGGCGUGGAGUCACCUGCUUCUCACAAGUGGGAAGGUGUUCUUGAAAUGUUCAGCGACCUUGUUAAUUGUUUGAGUGAAGAGAAAAAAUUUACUUCGGAGGUGAAGAAGCUUGAGGUCAUGAAAGAGGGGCUUUAUCAGAUUAAGGAUGUUUUCAUAGACAAAAACAUUGGAUAUAAGGAAGCUCGCCAUCAGGAGAGUUUAGUGCAUAAAAAGUUGACUAAGACAUUGGGCCACUCAUCGCGAUGUGUGUUCACACUUCUUCUUUAUUAUCUUUAUGGCAGCAUCUGGGAUGUUGAUGUUGAAGUAUGUGGAGGACUUUAUGCAAUUGGUCGUGGGGAUAAGUUCCGUCUGUGCAUGGGAAAGAUCCUAACAUCUGAUGAGCAGAAUAUGAUGCAGAGCGGGGUAAAGCAGCUAAGCAGAGCUCUGGGGCUUUUCAAGUUUGUAUGGGAAACGGCAGGAAUGAAAGGCAACCUAGAAGUACAAGGCCAUCUGUGGUGCAUUGGUGCCAAGAAUAAGUCAUUUACCUAUAGAAAUAAUAUGUUCUUGCUGCAUCCUAUUAGUUGCUGAUGUGAAAGACAGUGAAAGCUAGAAAUGUGGAAGAUGCAUUCAUCAAUGAAUGUGUAGAGUAGCUUCAAGUUGAUGGUGGGUUGAAUCAAAAUAUGAAUUCAAAAGCCUCGUCUGCUCCAAAUCUUAGUGCUCUGGAUUUCCCUGCUCUCUGUGUGGCAGAAAGUAAAAAAAAAACAGCCUAAAGUACUUUGGCAGUGAUGUUCAACAAAAUGUGAAUCCCUAUAGGUCUUCUGAAAAACAGAAUACCCUUCUGUUUAGAUCUGGCUCUUCCAUCUCUUUUGGAGGUGCUACAGAUUUUGCAUCUGCUGUCAGGAAGAUGUCAUCGCAGGAUUCUAGCAUAUAGAAGUAUGAUAGGAGUGGAGUCUCUGAUGAUAGUGUUGGAUCAAGUAGAUAUUCACCUGUAUUGUCUAGCUCUUACAAUGGUGGGCAGAGUAGGGGAGUUUAUGGUGAUAGGUUGCAGAGCAGAGGUUCAGUGUAAUAAUUUCCUCCAUAAAAGGAGAUGUUCACCAUACGAAUGGUGUUAUGGAAUAUGUGUUAUUACACAAAUUCAAUUGAGAGUACCGAAAAAGAUAAUUUGCUGCUACCCCCCCUCCUCCCCCUCUUCCCUCCUCCU